CUUUUCAUUGCUCAGGAACAGGUCUUCUGACAUAUUUAACAAUUUUGUUUAUUCCAGCUUAUCUUAUCUUAAACAUGCGCUUAGAUGGCCGACUAUUUUACAACAGUACAACAAGAACAACUUAACCACAGAAUUCAAUGGAAAUUACUCACAUUCUUCUGUUUAGAAAAUUGAAGACUUACGUUGACGCAGAUUUGGCAAUUUGGUUGAUUAUGAAUGAUAGUUUAUAUUUUUUUAAAAGUGUUUAUAAAAAACAUGACAACGAAGAAUGCCCAAUAUUGUUAACGUCCGAAAUCCCAAUGUCAGCACAAAUGAUUUAAGGUGACGCGUAUCAUCAGGAUGAAAUCUUGGAAUCUCAGUAUUUUUGUUCUUUACUUUGUCCUAGUAAAAGGUGCUCAUCAAGAACAUCUUUGUCUUCCUGUCAAGAACGUAAAGGGAGAUCGUCGAUUAUUGGCCGCAAUCUUGGGCUAUAGAAAAGAGGAUACUGGCUUUAUCAACGACGUCCUCAGAGUUCACAAUAAGUAUCGUAGUAUCCACGGAUGUCCCCAGCUGGGCCAAUGUGCCCGACUACGACAACAGGCUGGUUUGUACGCACAGAAGUUAGCUGACCAGGGUGCUCGAGUGGCACAAGGUGAUCCAGGUCUGGAACCUGGAAUCGGCGAAAAUAUCUUCAUCUCAUGCGGAAAUGAAGUGUCUGGUGAAGCAGUUGUCAAUCACUGGUAUGAAGAAGUGUGCAACUAUUUUGACAACAAAAAGUCGUACAACGAAUACAAGCAUUUCGCCCAAGUUGUCUGGAAGGCGACGUAUCUUAUCGGAAUUGGUCGGCGAACGAGUGAGAAGUCGGGGGAGAAGUGUACAUACGUGGUAACUAGGUACAGGCCAGGAGCUGAGCAGGGUCCAGCUGAAUCUGUCAAUAUCCCAAAAGGCAGCUUUGAUUCUAAUGGUAUUUGUUCUGGGCACACCGCGUCUGGUGGAAAAACUGGAUCAUCAACUGGGACAGCUGGCUCAAACACAGCACAGAGUACUGGUAACGCGCUGCCUGAUAAAGGAUCUGUGGGUUCAGAAAAUAGUCGAGGAGGAAGGAUGGCAGGAAGUAAUGGGAUAACAGGGAGUAAUAGUAUACCUGGAAUCACAUCCACGGGGGUGUCCGGUGUUCUAGGUACUGGGGACCGCGAGAGAGCAAAAAACCCAGAGAACUCACAUAUUUCUCCGCUGAUUGAGCAACAUGAGACAGGAUCUGAAGGAUCACCAGAGGAUACUCCUGAUCAACAACAGAUGUCACCUGCAUCCCACUGCCCCCCAUGUCCAGGUAAUGAAAUCCAAACAGAGAGCUUUGAAACUUCAGGAGGCGCGGAGAAUUUACCCAAGUCAAAAAGUAGCCCGCUAAGAUCAAAUAGGGAAACUGAACAGCCCUCAAAACCUGAUCAACCAGCUCGUUCUACUAAUGCUGGCAAUCCUACCGAACAGGGUAAACCAGCUCAGCAAAAUAAUUUACCUGAUCGAAGUAAACCUGUAGAGCAGGCAAACCCUGUAGUACCUGAAAAUCCUGCUAACCCAGGCAAUUCCGAAGUUCCUGGAGACACCUCUCCUAGUAGAGGCAAACAAUGCCCCGCUUGUUUGUGUCCAAACAGAGAAGGAAGCAGCAAGGUUGAUGAACCCCAAGGCACGCAGGAAAACCAACCGCAAACUGGCGAAGAAAAUAAAGGUUCGCCUAGUCGAGGAAAACAAGUUGAACCAAGUGGUACUCAGGGACUCAGUGGUAAAGUAGGGACACAAGUAACGCCUAAGAACGUUGGGCAACAAGGGAGUGUACCCUCGGGGAAAGAAGGUGGUGAAGGAACAGGUGGUAAUGAGGGAUCUCAAGGGUCAUUAGCAGGAGGAUCUGAAGGGCCACGAGAAUCAUCUACUGGUGGCGGUGAAGGAUCACAGGGAUCAUCGCAAUCACAAGGAACAUUGGAAGGUGGUAGUUCUGUAGCUUCCCCUGGCUCAUCUGCUGGUGGCAAUGAAGGACCACAAGGAUCAUCUGCUGGUGGCAAUGAAGGAUCACAAGGAUCGUCGCAAUCACAAGGAUCAUUGGAAGGAGGUAGUUCUGUAGCUCCCCCAGGCUCAUCUGCUGGUGGCAAUGAAGGACCACAAAGAUCAUCUGCUAGUGGCAAUGAAGGACCACAAGGGUCAUCUGCUAGUGGCCCAGAGGGAUCGCAAGGGUCGCCAGCGGGAGGUAAUGAGGGAUCUCGUGGGGGAACAGGUACAGACAAACAGCCACAAAGUGGUGGAGUUGAAAGUGCCGGAAAAAGUGGAGGCGACAAGAUGGGUGGGGAUCAGGAAGGACAGACAGGAACACCAGGUUCUGAAGGAUCCCGAAGUAUCCCCGAAGGUGGAGCGUUCAUAGAAGAUCCCAACGUGUUUCAACAAAGCGCUCUAGAGGCGCACAACAAGUAUCGUCAGUUUCACAGUUCUCCUGGCUUGUCACUCGACGGUGAGAUGUCCGCUAGUGCUACCGAGUUUGCACAAAAGCUUGCAGAGUCGGGAAUAAAUAACGCCGAACACUCCCUGAAGUCGUCCAGAGUAGAUGAAGCUGAGAGCAUAUAUUCUGCUUGCGGGACAAACCCAUCCGGAGCUGAUGUAAGCAAGGAAUGGUACAAAGAACUGUGUAACUACAAUUACAACAAACAUGCUGCCAUCGACGCCACGAAGUCGACUGGACAUUUUACUCAAGUAAUUUGGAAAUCCAGCAGGAAAUUUGGCAUCGGAAGAGCUUAUGGUAAGAAGGAGGACAACAAGGAUUGUAUUUACGUUGUUGCAAGAUACAAACCACCGGGGAAUGUCGUUGGCUCCGAGUCCACGAAUAUAGCGCGCGGAACAAUGGAUGCUGAAUAUUGUGGACGUGAAUAUAUGGCACUUAACAGUCAAGAAAGCGAGGAGUUGUCGCCUGAAGACCAAGCAAAAGGUAACCAACCAGCCACUGAAGAAAGUAACCAACAAACAUCCGGAUCUAGAGAAGAGAACAAUCCAGAAAGUGGUAACCAGGAAGCCAUCACUGGUCCCUCGAGUGAGUCAAAUUCAGCGGAGGCUGGUACUGCGAAUGAAAUUAACCAACCGAAGGCUAACGGUGAGACCAACCAAGCAACAACCACUUCCUCUGGUACAGGAGGAGGAGAUGGUAGUAACAAAAGCAUCAAGACACCAUUUCUCCCGGGAUACUUGCAAAAAUCAAUAUUAGAGGGCAGUAAUAAACGCUACAGAGGAUUCCGAACAGAAUGAA